CCCGCACACCUUUCAACGGAACGCGUUAGUGUGUCGUUUUUUCGUAGCAGGCUAUGUCGUUGGGCAACGCAGGGCGAAUUGCUGUCUGUUGGACUGUUCUGACCGUGGGUGGCGUGUACGCAUUUGUGCUGUCAAAGAGAUCCGUUGAGAACCGGCGUUACGAGAGCAUGCGAGUGCGUGAGCGCAUGAGGAAGGCAAACCAAGGGGAUUACGACUCAAGCGCAGCAUCGGACAGGCGAUUCGACUACUAAAGCGGCAGCACCCAGUACCUAGAACCCAUCAGUAACACACCCACACCACGAUGGCACUGCCCCAGAUCAGCACCGCCGACCAGGCCAAGCUGCAGCUGAUGCAGGAGAUGGAGAUCGAAAUGAUGUCCGAUUUAUAUAACCGCAUGACGAACGCUUGCCACAAGAAGUGCAUUCCGCCGCGCUACUCCGAGUCGGAGUUGGGCAAAGGCGAGAUGGUGUGCAUCGAUCGUUGUGUGGCCAAAUACCUGGACAUUCACGAGAAGAUUGGCAAGAAGCUGACGGCCAUGUCCAUGCAGGACGAGGAGCUGAUGAAGAAGAUGUCUAGUUAACCUGGCACCCAUUAACCCACAUUUCCGCUUAUGUGCAUUUUAGAAGCGCUACGAUUGUUAGAGGUACAUGUACAAAACACCCAGUUGUAGAAAAUAAACCACAGAUUUAUGUGUGCUACAUAAUAUCA